UCCCCGGUACUGACACUGCAACCCUAGUCCAAGUAUGCCGUCUCAAUUUCAAAUCUAAGCAACCAAUAAACUGGUGUAUGUGUGACAUUUUCAAAUCAUAAAUUUGAUGAAAAAAAGCAAGUGAUCAAGUUUUGAAAUGGAAAAUCAGAAAUCGGAGCAUCUAGUUGAUCUGGGAGCUGGCGAUGGUUCCCUGUCCCCCAAAAAUAACGAUUCCGACCAAGUAAACACACCGCUCCAAGAUGUCCCAGAUCAAUCCACUGUUGAUCAAGAAACUACUGAAAAUGCUUCCCCACUAAUUGCAAGUGAUUCUGGCUUCGCCGAAGAAACCCUCUCCACUCCACUGAUUUUCUUGCAUCUAUGCGGUCAGUGUCCAUCGCUGCCGAGCUUCCAGUCGGAUUGCCUAAAAGUGCUAACUUGGCUGCGCGCCUCGGACAUUCCCUUCCGGCACUUCAACCACAAGCUAAACCUAGAUGGCCGCUUUCCAACAAUCGAAAUCGGCAAUGACGAAAUCACAAACUCUGAUCACAUCCUUACCGAUCUUUCACGUCAUCUGAAUCGUGCCCUCGAUACUCCCCUAUCCGUUGAACAGCAAAUUCUGGCUUUCAGCUUGGGAUCCCUUAUCGAGCAUACCCUGGUCCGCGAGCACCGCGAAUGGUUCCGUGCUAACCGAUCAGAACUUCUCCAAGCGUACUCCAUCGAUUUGAAGAAGUCAUGGAAAAAGAUGCUCCCCACUUCGCUGCUACAGUUCCUGUUCAAGCGUUCCUCAUCCAAGACCCUCAACACGUCCCAUGCCAUGGCCGCCGAUACAACCACCGUUAUGACCAUGCUCUCCAAAUUGCUAGGAACGCAGAACUUCUUCUUCGGCGAGGACACCGUGUGCAGUCUGGAUGUGGUGGCCUUUGCCAUCCUUGCUCCGAUUUUGGCCAUUUCCCAGGAGGUUCAGUACGGUUCCCGGGACAAGAUCAAGGUGAACUGCGAGAAUUUGGUGUGGUUUGUCGAGCGGAUGAAGCAACGGCUCUAUCCGGAUUGGGACAAGCUGUGCGACGGACAAAAGGAGGAUACGCAAGAAACUGCAGAAAAGUUAACGGAUAUAGAUUUGAACGAAGAAAAUGAGAUUCCCCCAAACAAAAUGGAACAAUCUACGAUGGAAACCGCAAUUUAGCUUUCAUAAAUCAAUGUUCAUAUUUAUUA